AUGAAUGCCGCAUCCACCUAUCGAACAUCCAUAAUACUAUCAGCGAGCCAGACAGACUCGGAAGGCCAACAGAAGCGUCGCCGAACUUUUGUUGCUGUCGACUGGAACAGAUACAAGGCUGAAUGCGAAAGUCUGAGAAGCCCGAAUACCACCCCUCAGAGCACUCUGCCCGACGAGUUACCCCCAAAACCAGAGUUCGAUGUAGACCCGCGGCGCAGUUGGAAGCAGACAGGAGCCAGAUCUUCGAAAUUGUCACUAUGUGACGCUAACAGUAUAAUUGCUUUGUUAUUCUUCUUUGGGAGCUUAUUCUUUGUGGCCAAUGGGUUCUUUACACUGCUGCCAUUAACGAACCCGGAGCUCACAUUCCGGGGUGAGGCCGAGCUGGUUGCGCCGAUAACCAACCUCCUCGGCGCUCUCUUCUUCACGUCUGGAUCUCUCCUUUCCUUACCAACCAUUUGGAACACACCAAGUAGUCAGACUGGCACCAAGGAUACCCAAGCGCUGGAUAAGCUAUCUCGCCCGGUCUUGAUCACAGACAUUUCCUGGAGAUGGCUACCCACCCGGGGGGACUUGAAGUCAGUUAUGGCAGAGACCCCGUUUCAAUCUGCUAUAGCACAAAUGUUCGGAGUAAUAGUGUUGUUUCCGAGUGUGGUGACCGGGUUUCCGGGUGUACUAAACACCAACGACUUGUCGGGAUUCUCGUUUGGGGUGUUUGGACCCCUUUUCCUAGGCGGAAGCCUCUUCUUUGUUUCCAGCGUGAUAAUGCUUGUCUAUACUCAGGAAAGAUGGUACUUGCCAGCGUUUCUAAGUAUAGUCUGGCAAGCAUCGUUACUCAACGCACUUGGAUCACUUGGAUUCGCUCUCGCCGGGGCUUUUCUGCUGCUGGGGAAUAUAACAACGGGCACACUGAUGUCAUUCGCUGGGAGCUGGGCCUUCCUAUGUGCUAGCCUGCUUCAAGGCUUGGAUUUGAUAGUAAUCCACGAAGUCUCAUAG